GCCUCGUUUUACGAUCGGGCCAUGAAUAAACGCCUGUUCGCAGGCUAGUUCAUGCCACGAGGUGUUCGUUCCAUUCACACAGAUUUGCAUAAGUCGAAAAUUUUAGUCAAAAGAGCCGGGAAUUUUGGGUUGAAACGAAGGGAUUUUUGUCCUAAAACAAAAGGUAAGUAACAUUGUACCUUUGUGGUGGUAAAAAUUCAACCGAGAGAGUCAUAGUGUUAUAAACUUUCCGAGGGUGCUCGCGACGUCCUAUUUUAAUAGUAGUUUAUCUUACUACUUUUUCCAGCGCUUGAAGAUUGUUAUUUUCAGUCUCACGUAGUAUAUAUUUUUAGCCUUAGAAUAAAAUUUUGAAAGAACCAUUUGAUAUUACCGUCUUUAUCGCAGUAUUCUUAUAUUUGCACGUGGCGAUUUAUAUUAGGCCGCACCCUACUGAACAAAUUGGCCGCACAUUUACGAGCGAUAUUAUCAUACAUAAUUUCUUAGCUAAGGCCUGUUUUAUACGUCGAAUUUUGGUCGUGUCGAAUGCAAUCAAGACAAUAGAUAAUGAGAUGAUAAACCUCAUUAAGGAUUUAAGCUUCAUUACGCAUCUAUAUUGUUUGAAUUUGCAUUCGACGCGACCGAAAUUCGACGUAUUAAACAGGCCUAGUUAGCUACUCCAAAACGCGAUUUUCACGUCACGAAUCAUGUCAAUUUAUUAUAUAAUAUGUUGACGAGUUAUAUCAAAAUAUAAAUGUCUGCGAGUUAUUCAAUGUCGAAAAUCAGAGAAUAUUGCAGGUGAUCUUAUAAGUGAGAUGUGUGUAUUAAUAUAUGUUGACGAGUUAUAUCAAAAUAUAAAUGUCUGUGAGUUAUUCAAUGUCGAAAAUCAGAGAAUAUUGCAGGCGAUCUUAAGUGAGAUGUGUGUAUUAAUUUACAGACGUAUUUUUAAUGUGUUUCUCGUCGUAAAUUUAUAAAACCUACAAAUACCAAAAAGAGGUCAAUUUAAAUAUAUGUUAUAAUUUAGCUAUGAAUAAUAUAUUGCAGCUAAAAACUAGUACAGUUUAACAGUCGUUAUAUAUAUAUAUAUACAUGGCAAUAAAAACAAAUCUUGUGAAAUUAGAUUGUACUAAAAGUAUAAUAGAUCUCGACCUACAUUUGCGUGCAGUACGAAGAAUAGCUUGCGUGCAGCCUGACUUUUUGAUGGGGAAGGGGAAAAAAAAAAAAAAAAAAAGUCAGGCUGCACGCAGGCUAUACGAAGAACUGAAUUUGUGUAAAGUGUUGAAAGUACAAACAAAUGUCAUUGCUAUUUAUAGAAAGCCAAAAUUAUAGGCAAAGCCAAAGUACAGUUAUAGAGUGUUUGCAUGUUACGUUAUAAUAAAAAUUCUAAAAGUUUAAGCGUUUAACAUAUAUAAUUGCCCAUUUUAUAUAUUUUGUAUAUCCUUUAUACUACAAGUAUUUCUGGCAAAUUUCAAGUCGAUUCAGUAAUUCCUUGGCAAGUUUAUACAGUAAAGGGGUUUGAAUAAUUUAUAUUGCUGAUGUCAGCAUUUAUUUUGAAUAAAGCUCAAUAUUUUGGACACAAAAAUGUAAACAAAGGCUUUGUUUACAUAUGGACUGUAGGGCACCUUUAAGUAUAGAAACCAUUUACUUAUACAAGCCAAUAUUACAAUAAGUAUACCAGUAUUUAUUUAGUUUUAGCUGUGAUUUAAAAUGCUCCAUCGACCUUUUCUUGGUUGAUUAAUUAAGAACUGGGUCUGGGGGGAGCAUUGCUUUUCGCCAGGGAUUUUCCCGAGUUUUUAUUGGUCAAUUUGACAAGUGUCUAUUUGGGUUUUAUUGACUCGUCUUUUCCGCCCCAACGAGGGCCCGCUACACAGGCUACUUUUGCUGCCUUGAAACAAAAACAUUGCACUAUCCUUGGGAUCUCCGAGUUGUUAUUUCUAUCGAAUUUUUGUGUAAAUUUGUUUUUUAUAUCAAUAAGAAUAUCGCUAAAUUAAGUAAAUUUUGGUUUCUAUGGUGAAAGGUAUGUUGAUCAAUGACCAGGCCGUUCAUUUUUUGCUUGCAUUGAUAUAAGAUGAGGCGCCUAACCGCACAAGUUGUAAAAACACACAAGGUCACUAACAAACCUACAGCAGACUUGUAGCAAUGCUGUUCCAACAACUUGUCAACAGGAUAUGUUCACACUGCUUGUUUCCAGCUUGUUGACAACUUGCUACAAGGUUGUUACAGUCAAACCGGAUGUUCUCUUGCAAGCAACAUUGCAAUAUUGUCCCACAUUUUUUUUUUUUGUGUGUUGGUGUAGUGUACUCAGGUGAAUAUGAUAUUUGUGGUGUUACUCUGAGUGUAUUCCAAAGGUCGUAGGUUCGAAUCCCACCGUGGCCGGGCAUAUUUUUCAAGCUCGCCCGGUGUGGAAUUUUGAUAGGCAGAUUGCUCUGAGCAAUUUGCAACCGACGCAAACAAAUUGCAAGUUGAAAUUCACAAAAGAUUUGUAAACAAAGCCUCUGAUUGGACUAUAAGAAAGAGAGAAGCACCAAUCCAGUUGCUCAGACUAUUUGAUUGGGUUCCCUCUUUCUUUUAAUACAAUCAGAGGCUUUGUUUACAAAUCUUUUGUGAAUUUCCAACUUGCAAUUUGUUUGCGUCGGUUGCAAAUUGCUCUGAGCAAUCUGCCUAUCAAAAUUGCAAUAUUGUGGGACAAUAUUGCAAUGUUGCUUGCAAGAGAACAUCCGAUUUGACUGUAAGCUCAACAGACUUGUUGCAAGUUGUUCCAACAACUUGUUAUCAUCCUGCAAUUCAACAAUUUGCCAACACAUUGUGAGUGACGACCUUGUAGCAACUUAGCAUUAUCUCUAUUCUUACAAUAGAAAUCAGAGCAAGGUUCCGUUCGCUGUAAAUCAUGGCUUAUUGCCUGACGGUCUCGACAGGUCUUGACACUCAUGUUGGGACUGAAGUUUGUGAACAUAGGGGAGUGGAAGUUCAGGACUGUGGACAGACACAGGAUGUGGAAAAAUUGGAAGGACGUUCGGCCGACCUCGUACUGUCCCCUUCGACCCAGGAAAUACUCAAUACACACAGGGAAGAUAUUUUGGUUGCGAGUGGCGCAUGUGAUCGUGCAGAAAUAUAUUCAUGGCAGGAAAAUGCUUGGUACGAGGUUUCAGAAAUGAAUGAAUCUCACGUGGGCGCGUCAUCGUUUGUUUAUAAUGAUCGGCUGUAUGUUGUUGGGGGAGUAUUUACCGAGACAAUAGAGAUGUUGGAUCUCAAUGAACUACCUUUGAAAUGGACGGAAUAUCCUGACGGAUUUCCUUAUGAAAUCGGCGGCAAUCCAACUGUUGUUUACCAACAGCGUGUCAUUACCGUUGGUGGAUUUAUUGAUGACGAGGAUAAAAAUUGUAAUGCGAUUAGUGAAUUGCAACUUGCCUCGCCUUGCACAAUGAAACAGUUGUGCCCAAUGCCCCAGCCACGAAUUUGGCAUGCCGUCGAGGCUUUUGACGAUAAAGUCCUGAUCUUGGGAGGCGCCAAUGGUGACCAUAAUUAUGAUGUUUUAGACGGUGUGUUGGAGUUCGAUCCAGAGAAGAACGAAUGUAAGGAGCUGCCAUCAUUACCGUAUCCCGUGGAAGAAAUGGCGACGGUUCGUUGGCGAGAUCAAGUAGUUGUACUCGGAGGUUGUGAUAAGGAUGAUGAAGCUCUGAAUGAUGUUUUCAUGUACGACUCCAAGACGGGCGAGAACACAGUCUUGCCAUCCAUGUUGGAAAAGAGACGUGGAUGUUGCGCAGUCGUUACUAGAAAUACGAUCGUGGUGAUGGGAGGCGUGAAUGAUGCCCAUGGAUAUCUCGAUUCAGUGGAGUAUUUUACAAUGGGAGGAUCUACUUGGAAGUAUCUUCCCAGCAUGAAAAAGGAGAGGUGGCAAGCAGUUGCUAUAGUUCUACCCUCGACAAGGAAAUAUGUUCAAGUUUGACAUAUUUAACGUUUGUCACAAAUUCAUAUUAGAUCGUUUUGUUCAGAGGUAACAUUCCACACAUUUCUUUACCCAAGCUUGGAUUUCUGACUGAGGGUAAAGCAAUACGAAGAACACGGAUUUUCCAAGCAACAUGCUAAAGCCGAUUGUAACGCCAUGUUAUGAUCAAAAUGUUUUUGCAUAUUUUCUUGUCUCGUUUAGCUAAGUUAUGCUUAAAGGGUAUGAGCAACAAAAAAAUUUAUUGCUUCAUCUGAAAGAGCAUGAAAAAAUAAACCGAUUGGCCGUUGCUCUAUUCUAUCUCAUCUGGUUCCGAAGUUAUACGCAAAAAUGUGCA